AACUCACGGCCCUGCUGGAUUUGACACACAGUCCCCAGCCCCGCUGACUUCCGCCAUGGAAUCGCAGACGGUUGACGAUGAGGCGAUGGCGGUGUAAAUGAAGAUCAGGUGAGGAAGCAGAACGAUGCCCAAGAGUGGGUGUUCUAAAACACCACAGCAAGAAGACUUUCCUCUCAGCAACGACAUGGUGGAGAAACAAACCGGGAAAAAGGAUAAAGAUAAAGUUUCUCUAACCAAGACCCCAAAGCUGGAUCGCAGUGAUGGAGGGAAGGAGGUGAGAGAGCGCACUACCAAGCGGAAGCUGCCCUUCACCGUGGGGGCCAAUGGAGAGCAGAAGGACUCGGACACAGAGAAGCAGGGUCCCGAGCGGAAGAGGAUCAAGAAGGAGCCCGUGGCCCGGAAAUCAGGGCUGCUCUUCGGCAUGGGGCUGUCUGGGAUCCGGGCCGGCUACCCGCUCUCUGAGCGCCAGCAGGUGGCUCUCCUCAUGCAGAUGACGGCCGAGGAGUCUGCCAACAGCCCAGUAGACACAACACCAAAGCACCCCUCCCAGUCUACAGUGUGUCAGAAGGGGACGCCCAACUCUGCCUCAAAAACCAAAGACAAAGUGAACAAGAGGAACGAGCGGGGGGAGACCCGCCUGCACCGGGCCGCUAUCCGAGGGGACGCCCGGCGUAUCAAGGAGCUCAUAAACGAGGGCGCGGAUGUCAAUGUCAAGGACUUUGCAGGCUGGACGGCGCUGCAUGAGGCGUGUAACCGGGGCUACUAUGAUGUCGCCAAGCAACUGCUGGCCGCAGGUGCGGAGGUGAACACCAAGGGCCUGGAUGAUGAUACGCCCUUGCACGAUGCUGCCAACAACGGCCACUACAAGGUGGUGAAGCUGUUGUUACGGUAUGGAGGGAACCCUCAGCAGAGCAACCGGAAAGGCGAGACCCCGUUGAAAGUGGCCAGUUCCCCCACCAUGGUGAACCUGCUGUUAGGCAAGGGCACUUACACAUCCAGUGAGGAGAGCUCCACUGAGAGUUCUGAGGAGGAGGACGCCCCAUCAUUCGCGCCGUCUAGCUCAGUCGAUGGCAAUAACACGGACUCUGAGUUUGAGAAAGGCCUGAAGCUCAAGGCCAAGAAUCCAGAGCCGCAGAAGACUGCUGCCCCUGUCAAGGACGAGUAUGAGUUUGAUGAGGAUGAUGAGCAGGACAGGGUCCCUCCGGUGGACGACAAGCACUUGCUGAAGAAGGAUUACAGGAAAGAGACAAAGUCCAACAGUUUCAUUUCAAUACCCAAAAUGGAAGUGAAGAGUUACAGUAAGAACAACGCAAUUGCACCAAAGAAAGCAGCCCAUCGCAUCCUGUCAGACACUUCCGAUGAGGAGGACACCAGCCUCACCGUCGGCACCGGAGAGAAGCUGCGGCUGUCUGCACACUCCAUGCUGCCCAGCAGCAAGGUACGGGAGCCAACCAACUCCAGGCAGCAAAAAGAAAAAAGCAAAGUAAAGAAAAAGCGAAAGAAAGAAGCAAAAAGCAAAGAAGUCCGGUUUGGGAAGAGGAGCGACAAAUUCUGCUCCUCUGAGUCAGAGAGCGAGUCCUCAGAGAGCGAGGAGGACGAUGGGGACUCUGUGGGGAGCACGGGCUGCCUCAAGGGGUCCCCGCUGGUGCUGAAGGACCCCUCCCUGUUCAGCUCGCUGUCCGCCUCCUCCACCUCCUCCCAUGGCAGCACUGCGGCCCCAAAGCAUGGCGCCAACCACAGUGACCAGCACACAAAGCACUGGCGCACGGACAACUGGAAAGCCAUCUCCUCUCCGGCCUGGUCCGAGGUCAGCUCCCUGUCAGACUCCUCACGCACGGGACUGACGAGUGAGUCUGACUGCCCUUCCGAAGGCUCCAGUGUGGAGUCUCUGAAGCCUGCCCGGAGGAAGCAGGAGCUCCGUAAGAGGGGCAGUCUGCCGAGUGGCCCACCAGAGAAAAGGGGCGCCUGCCACCCCAGUACAGAUGGUGCCGUCCCCAAGCUGGACAAGGAGGGAAAAGUUGUUAAAAAACACAAGACGAAACACAAACACAAAAACAAGGAGAAGGGGCAAUGUUCGGUGAGCCAGGAAAUUAAACUGAAAAGCUUUACAUAUGAGUACGAGGACUCCAAGCAAAAGUCAGAUAAGGCCGUCCUCUUAGACAGUGACAUUUCCACAGAAAAUAAGCUGAAAGUGCUGAAGCAUGACCGAGACCAUUUUAAGAAAGAAGAGAAACUCAGCAAGCUAAAGUCAGAAGACAAAGAGUGGAUCUUCAAAGAAGAGAUGCUCAAGGUCUCAAAAGAUGAGAAGUUGCUGAAGAGGGCCAAAGAUAUCGGCAGGUCUUUCCGGGAAGAGAAAGACCGUUCCAGCAAAGCAGAGAGGGAGAAGACCAUGAAGGAAAAGUCCCCCAAAGAGGAAAAGCUGAGGCUGUACAAAGAGGAGCGGAAAAAAAAGUCCAAAGACCGGCCCUCAAAGCUAGAGAAGAAGAACGACGGGAAAGAGGACAGGACUUGCAAGGAGAAGGAGAAGCUCAGAAAGGAAAAGGGCUACAGGGAUGACUCUGCAUUUGACGAGUACUGCAGCAAAGCCCAGUUUCUAGAGAACGAGGACACCAAGUUCAGCCUUUCUGAUGAUCAGCAGGAGAGGUGGUUUUCGGACCUGUCUGAUUCCUCCUUUGAUUUCAAAGGGGAGGACAGCUGGGACUCCCCGGUGACAGACUACAGGGACAUCAAGAGUGACUCUGUGGCCAAGCUCAUCUUAGAGACAGUGAAGGAGGACAGUAAGGAGAAGAAGCGAGACAGCAGAGCCCGGGAGAAGCGGGACUUUAGAGAUUCCUUCUUCCGCAAGAAAGACAGGGACUAUCUGGACAAGAACUCUGAGAAGAGAAGAGACCAGAUGGAGAAGCAUAAAGGCAUCUCCAGCUACCUCUCUGAGAAAGACAAGCGGAGGAGGGAGUGUGUUGAGGCCGCGCGGGAGCGGAGGGACGGCCUGGACGGCUCCCGGGAGCGCAAGGACGCCCGCCUCCGGCCCGAAGAGGCACAUCGCGAGGACUUGAAGGACUGUGGCUGUGAGAGUGCUUUCAGGGAGAAGCCAGACUGUGACCUGGCUAAGGGCCUGGAGCCUUGGGAACGCCACCAUGUCGCCCGGGAGAAGGAGAGGAAGGAGAAGAUGCGGGCGGAAAAAUACAAAGACAAGUCUCUGGACAGGGACAAGAGCGAGAAAUCACUCCUUGAGAAAUGUCAGAAAGACAAAGAAUUUGACAAAUGUUUCAAAGAAAAGAAAGAUGGCAAGGAGAAGCAUAAAGAGGCCCACAGCAAAGACAGAAAAGCACCUCUUGACCAAGCGAGAGAAAAGAAGGAGAAGAUGUUCCCUGGACUUCUUUCGGAAGACUUCUCCGAAAAGAAAGACGACAAGAAAGGGAAGGAGAAGAGCUGGUACAUUGCAGACAUAUUCACAGACGAAAGUGAGGAUGAGAAGGACGACUACAUGGCCAGCGGGUUCAAGGUCGGGGAAGCUGGGGACACACAGAGAGGGGAUGGCCUCCAGGACAAGGAAGAUGGGCGCGAGCCUCAUCUCUCAGAGAGACACCGGAAGUCCUCCUCCGACCGGCAGCACUUAGAGAAGCCCAGAGAUAAAGAGCCCAAAGAAAAGAAGAAGGACCGAGCUGCCCCUGAAGGCGGGCGGGACAAAAAAGACAAGAUCUUUGAGAAGCAUCGAGAGAAAAAAGACAGAGAGUGUGCAGAGAGAUACAAGGACAGGAAAGACAGGACUUCCGUCGACUCCGCCCAAGAAAAAAAGAGCAAACAGAAGCUCCCUGAGAAGGUGGAGAAGAAGCACUCCACUGAGGACAAGACCAAGAGUAAGCACAAGGAGAAACCGGAGAAGGAGCACUCCAAAGAGAGAAAGGGCUCACGGGGUGCCGAGGCGGAGAAGAGCCUGCUGGAGAAGCUGGAGGAGGAGGCACUGCACGAGUACCGGGAGGACUCCAAUGACAAAGUCAGCGAGGUCUCGUCAGACAGCUUCACAGACCGUGGCCAGGAGCCCGGCCUGAGCACCCUGCUGGAGGUGUCCUUCUCGGAGCCGCCUGACGACAAAGCCAGAGAGAGCUGCCUGGCAGAGAAGCUGAGGGAGAAGGAGCGGCAUAGGCACUCUUCAUCCUCCUCUAAGAAGAGCCACGACCGGGAGAGAGCCAAGAAGGAGAAGGCCGAGAAGAAGGAGAAAGGCGAGGACUACAAGGACGGGGGCGGCAGGAAGGACUCCAGCCAGUACGAGAAGGACUUCCUGGAGGCAGAGGCCUAUGGGGCCACCUACACCGUGAAGGCGGACAUUGACGAUGAGUUGGAUAAGACCAUUGAAAUAUUUUCCUCUGAAAAGAAAGAAAGAAAUGAUCCUGAGAGAGAACCUUCCAAGAAAAUAGAGAAGGAACUAAAGCCUUACGGAUCUAGCACCAUCAGCACCCUGAAGGAGAAGAAGAAGCGAGAGAAGCACCGGGAGAAGUGGAGAGAGGAGAAGGAGAAACACCGGGAGAAGCACACAGAUGGCUUCCUCAAACACCACAAGGAUGAGCCAAAGCCCGCAGCCAAAGACAAGGACAACCCUCCCAACUCCUUCAAGGAGAAGUCCAGGGACGAGAGCCUGAAACUCAGCGAGGCCAAGCUGAAAGAGAAGUUCAAGGAGAACACAGAGAGAGAAAAGGUCGACUCAGUGAAGAUCAGCAAUGGGAAUGACAAGCUACCACUGGCCAGAGACCUGGGAAAGAAGGACACCCGGCCCCGUGAGAAGCUCCUGGGAGACGGUGACCUGAUGAUGACGAGCUUUGAGAGGAUGCUGUCCCAGAAGGACCUGGAGAUCGAGGAGCGCCACAAGCGUCACAAGGAGCGUAUGAAGCAGAUGGAGAAGAUGAGACACAGGUCUGGGGACCCCAAGCUCAAAGACAAGACAAAGCCCGUGGACGAUGGGCGAAAGAAGAGCCUGGACGUUCCUCCUAAGAAACCCCUGGGGCCAGAGCCUCCCUUGAAGGAGAAGAAGCUCAAGGACUCCACUCCCAUGCCACCCACCACAGAGAGCAAGCCAGGGCCCGGGGCAGAGUGCAAAGACUGGUUGGCAGGGCCACCCUUCAAGGAGGUCUUGCCUGCCUCGCCCCGGCCUGAGCAGAGCAGGCCCACUGGGGUGCCCACUCCUACCUCGGUGGUGUCGUGCCCCAGCUACGAGGAGGUGAUGCACACGCCCAGGACACCGUCCUGCAGCGCCGACGACUACCCUGACCUGGUGUUUGACUGUGCAGACUCCCAGCACUCAAUGCCCGUCUCUGCCACAUCCGCCAGCGCCUGCUCACCGCCGUUUUUUGACAGGUUCUCUGUGGCCUCCAGCGGCGUUUCUGAAAACUCGGGCCAGACACCCACAAGGCCUAUCUCCACCAACCUCUACCGCUCUAUCUCUGUGGACAUCAGGAGGACCCCCGAGGAGGAGUUCAGUGUUGGGGACAAGCUGUUCAGGCAGCAGAGUGUCCCUGCGGCCUCCAGCUUCGACUCCCCUGUGCAGCACUUGCUGGAAGACAAGGCUCCACUCCCAUCGGUCCCCACGGAGAAGUUUGCCUGCCUGUCCCCAGGGUACUACUCCCCAGACUACGGCAUCCCCUCACCCAAGGUGGAUUCUCUGCACUGCCCCCCUGCCUCUACCGUUAGCACCACGCCCUCCCCUGAGGGCAUCUUCUCUGGUUUACCAGCAAAAGCCUCUUCUCCCAGAGGUGAGCUGUUAGCCCCAGCUGUAGAGGGAGCCCUUCCCCCGGACCUGGGCCUCCCUCUGGAUGCCACAGAGGACCAGCAGGCCACAGCUGCCAUCAUCCCCCCCGAGCCCAGCUACUUGGAGCCCUUGGAUGAGGGCCCCUUCAGCACUGUCAUUACUGAGGAGCCUGUGGAGUGGGCGCACCCCGCUGCUGAGCAGGCUCUUUCUUCCUCCUUGGUCACUGGUGCCUCCGAAAACCCCGUCAGCUGGCCUGUGGGUGCCGACCUCCUGCUGAAGUCCCCUCAGAGGUUCCCAGAGUCCCCAAAACAUUACUGCCCUGCGGACGCCCUCCACACUGCCACCCCAGGGCCCUUUAGCACCGCAGAGCCCCCGUACCCUGUCUCUCCUGUCUCCUACCCUCUGCCAGCUGCUGAGCCAGGCCUGGAAGAAGUCAAAGAUGAUGGGGUAGGAGCCCUCCCUGUCGCCCCCGAAGGAGCCACACCUUAUACCGCCCCUGCCAGGCUUGAGUCCUUCUUCGGCAGCUGCAAGCCACUCCCAGACACGCCCCUUGACCAGGCACCGGAGCCCACGUGUGUCUCCACGGUGGCUCAGGUGGAGGCCCUCGGGGCCCUAGAGAGCAGCUUCCUGGACAGUGGUCACAGCCUGGCUGCCCUUGGCCAAGUGGAGCCUGUGCCCUGGCAUGACGCCUUCACCAGUGCCGAGGAUGACCUGGACCUGGGGCCCUUCUCACUGCCGGACCUCCCUCUCCAGCCCAAGGAUGCCCCAGAUGUUGAAACUGACCCUACAGAAGAGAGCCCUGUUCCUCCAGGAGAGGCCGUCCCUGUUACCCCUGGGGUCAGUAGCAGUGGGGAUGGCUCUGUGGCUGUGGCCGAGGAUCAGCCAGCACCACCUACCGAGCAGACCACACCCCGACUUCCCGCCGAGCUUGAGCCCUCAGAGGAGCCAAAGCUGGAUGUAGUUCUGGAAGCCACUGUAGAAGCAGAAGCGGUGGAGGAACAGAGCCCUGAGGGUCUGGACUCCAGCUCAGCGCCUGUGCCUGGCCCCCCAGAACAGCGUCCCCUGGAGGGUGGAGACGAGAUCGAGGCUGAAGACCCCUCAGCUGCUCCCAACUGGGCCCCUGAUGGCCCUACCCAGGAUGCCCCUCCACAGGCCCAGGAUGGUUCAGAGGCCACCCCUGCUGCCACCCCAGCUGAGGGCCCUCCCGGCAGUGUGCAGCCAGAAGCUGCAGAGCCAGAGCCUCGACCCGCAGCUGAAGCCCCCAAGGCUCCCCGGGUGGAGGAAGUCCCUCAGCGCAUGACCAGGAACCGGGCCCAGAUGCUGGCCAGUCAGAGCAAGCAGGGCACGCCACCUGCAGAGAAGGAGCCCACGCCUACACCAGCCUCCCGUGCCAAGGCCCGUGUCCCCGAGGAGGAAGAUGCCCAGGCUCAACAUCCACGCAAGCGCCGCUUCCAGCGCUCCAGUCAGCAGCUGCAGCAGCAGCUGCACACGUCCACACAGCAGACGCGGGAGGUCAUCCAACAGACCCUGGCUGCCAUCGUGGACGCCAUCAAGCUGGACGACAUCGAACCUUACCACAGCGACAGGUCCAAUCCGUACUUCGAGUACCUUCAGAUCAGAAAGAAGAUCGAAGAGAAGCGCAAGAUCCUCUGCUACAUCACACCACAGGCACCUCAGUGCUAUGCUGAGUACGUCACCUACACGGGGUCCUACCUCCUAGACGGCAAGCCACUCAGCAAGCUCCACAUCCCUGUGAUUGCACCCCCACCCUCUCUGGCGGAGCCCCUGAAGGAGCUUUUCAAGCAGCAGGAGGCUGUUCGGGGAAAGCUGCGUCUGCAGCACAGCAUUGAGCGGGAGAAGCUCAUCGUGUCCUGUGAGCAGGAGAUCUUGCGGGUCCACUGCCGGGCAGCCCGGACCAUUGCCAACCAGGCAGUACCCUUCAGCGCCUGCACGAUGCUGCUGGACUCUGAGGUCUACAACAUGCCUCUGGAAAGCCAGGGGGACGAGAACAAAUCGGUGCGAGAUCGCUUCAAUGCCCGCCAGUUCAUCUCCUGGCUGCAGGACGUAGACGACAAAUACGACCGCAUGAAGACGUGUCUCCUGAUGCGGCAGCAGCACGAGGCGGCGGCCCUCAAUGCCGUGCAGAGGAUGGAGUGGCAGCUGAAGGCACAGGAGCUAGACCCUGCCGGACACAAGACCCUGUGUGUGAAUGAGGUGCCCUCCUUCUAUGUGCCCAUGGUUGACGUUAACGACGAUUUUGUGCUGCUGCCAGCGUGACACCCACAGGAAGGCCGUAGGACCGGCGAGGGCCACUCAGCCGCCAGUGCUGCCCAUGAGUCCCAGCAGUGAAGGAGGGAGGACCGCACCGCCAGGUGGGAGGAGGAGAGACUGCACCUGGCCCAUGCCUCCCCUUCCAGACUGGCCGGAUGCUAGGGAGGCGGAGCCCGUCUCUUUACCAGCUGCUGUGGGAUCCCCAGGCCGGGCUACAGAGCCCUGCCCCCUGGCAGGAGGAGGAGAACGCGGUGCGAGGGGACGGCAGCUCUGUCUUGGAGAACAGCGCCCAGGAGGAGCCGCAGGACAGAGCGCUUCAGAUUCCUCGUUCAUUCUGAUCACCUGCAGGACGUGAACCAAGGCGUCACCCCUCAGCAGUGAUCUCCAGGUCAGAGGCAGGAUUGCGCCACCUUGGCCCGUCCUCAGGGCCGAUGGGGAUGCCGGGACCCUGGUGUGGUGAGGGCCCGGCUGCCACCUGCCUGGCCACAGAGGGAUGCAGCCAGGACUCUCCAGCAGUGUUUUUAAUGGAGUCAAAUCCACGUGGUUUGUAUAUUUUUUCCUUUAAUCUUGGGCAUUUUGUUUCUCUUUCUGAGAACGUAACUUGAAACACUACAGAGCCAAUAACCCUAUACAGAGUGUAUCCGCGGACGCUGUACAGUUUUAUACACCUUCACAAUGUACUUUGCUGCCUUCUAGAUAAUUUAUUUUGCAACACAUUACUGCACAGUUGUAAAUAACUUAUGUACUGUAACAUCACCUUCAGUUAUGUGUAAAGAAAUAAAUAAAUUAAUUAAAAUGCUCUUUGUAUAUA